UUACAGGCUCACGUUUAUGGCCGAAGAGCGGAACAUCACUCGAAGCACCGACGAUUUGAUGAAGCCAUCGAAAACCAUCGCAAGGCAGCGUCCUACAUUGAGGAAGCAUUAAAAAUUGCUCCCCAGUCUGCUGUCGUCAUUGAAUCUCUCCAACUGCAGCGUAAAUAUCACCAGAAGCAAGUUGAAUUUGUGCGCCACAGAAAGCAACAAUACGAACGCUAUAUGAAGGCUCUGGAAUACCAGCGAAAGAGGAAUCCGGAGUUCUUGGCGAAGCAGCUGGAGAAGAUGGAUAAGUACAGCGAACUACAGGUUGCAAUCUAUCAGAACUUGGAUGAAACCGAUAGCUUGCUGGAAACGAUGGCGCAAAAUUCUAACGAACACAGGAUGCCCGCUGUGGAGGAUCUGAUCACCUUGAACCAUUCCCUGCAUGUGUUAGUGCAUCGAAUGACGCAAAAUAUCGACGAAUAUGUCACGGAAAACGAGACGCUUAAGGAAACUCUUAAUUUGUAUAGAAAUGACGCUGGGGACAAAACGGCCGCUAACAGGAGAUUGGAUAGGGAACAUAAUGUGCGCAUAGCAUCUGUGGAAACGGACCGUGACGUAAUGGAAGUGAAUGAUUAUCAUCAGAAAGGUCUACCAGCGUUGGCGCCUCUUGAGCUACCUACAUUUGACCUGCCGGAGUUCGAGGGCAAUUAAGAAACUGCAUGGGAUGACAAAUAGUUUUAAACUCUAGAUGUACGUUUCAUUCAGUUAUGGUAUAAUAUAAGCAGCGGAUGCAUUCAUUUUAAA